GAGCAUGGGGCGGAGAGGGGCGAAGGGGGAGUUUGGGAAAGAAUGCGAGGAAUUCAUUUCCUGUAGAACAGCUCUGAGAACGAAGGAGGAGACGAGGAGUUCGUGGAGAAGGAGCUCUAUCUCCUGCUCUCCUGCUGGAUUACUGACUCUACUCUCCUCCCAGCACCUCCCGACUCAGGAGGAGCAGGAGGAGGAGAGGGAGGUGCACGAUGGCUGAGCCCCUGCUGAAGAGGACCUUCUCCAGGCUGAGAGGCAGAGACAGAAGCCGCAGGAAGACCGACCCCAAACUGAGCGAGGCUCCAGUCCGGCCCGACAAUGUCUUCCAGUCCUCUUCCUCACCAUCGUCGCCAACACUUACAGACCCCGACCCCCCAUCGCCUCCUCGAAACCAUAUCACAGUGGCGAAGAAACAGCAGUGGGCGCGUCAGGGCUCUGCAGCUCCACCCACCUUCUUGACCUCAAGCUCCACCAUCACACUCUCAGACCAGGAGAGACCCACAGGGAUAUCUCAGGAUGCAUCUGGGCAGGCCUUGAGCCAUAGGCUGGUGCAAGACAAGAUGCAGCAGUGUGGUGACAGGAUGUGCACCAGUCUGGCCUGGGAUAAGACCAGUGCGUCCUGUGUUAGCACAACAAUGCAACAGGAAUCCUACUACCAAGCAGGGGACCCCGCUGAAUCUCCCUCCACCUCCGUCAGUGCCAAGCUGUCUGGCCAGCGCGCCUACCUGCAGAGCCUGGAUCGCAGCAGCCGAGCCUGGGUGCUUUCUUCAGGAAAGACUGCAGAUGAAGUGUGCGACCCUCAGGAGGACAGUGGCAGCAACAUCUGGUACAACCCGAUCCCCGAGGAGGAGGACUUAGGAGGUCUACGCCGGGACGAGGAUGUAUGGAAGCGGAGGGCAAAAAAAGAUGAGCCUAGUGCUGGAACAGACAUUGGCGGAGGUUGUAGCAGUGCCAGUCCACUGGAGGACUUUCAGUGCUCCAGCCUCCCCAAUCCAAGUGUCAGUCACCAUAUCGAUGACAUCAAAGCAGAAAAUACAGACUCUCCUCCAGACUCUAGUCCCGCCUCCCAAAAGAAAGGGGGUGUGUCAGGAAGUAUGAUUGACAGGUUGAGGUCUCCUGGUACGGUAAGAAAACUCUCUCUAAAGAUGAAGAAACUUCCCGAGCUGCGCCGGAAACUCAGCCUCCGCUCAUCUUCUCGGGCCCAUCGGCAAACAAAUGACAAUAGAGGAAGCGGAGAGGAGUCGGCUGGUAAGAGCACGGCAUCAUUAUUGGCGCUCUCCAACCAGAACGUGAUCAGCAAGUAUCAUCUGGACAGCUCCACCUCUCCAGCCCGACCACAGCGACGGUCAUCAAGAGGAUGCUCAGCCAGUAAAGGAGGGUAUCUUAGUGACGGGGACUCCCCUGAACUACUGCCACGACAGCAGCCCUCUCAACACGUGAUCACCCAGGAUGGGCCCUGUGACGUCAGCUCAUUCCAGCUGUACGUGGGCUCCGACCCACCGAGAUGCAGCCAACGGGUGACGGGUUUACUGACUGUCCACUUGCUGGGGCUGGAGGAGAUGAAGACCAGCAGGUCAGAGGGCAGUAAGGAAGUCUUCCUGGUGAUACAGAUUGAUGGGGUGACGAGAGCGAGGACUGCCCUCCUGAUGCUGCGAGGCUCGGCCCUCCCCUUAAACCACACUUUCCACCUGGAGCUAGAGCGAGCCAGGCAGCUCCGCAUAGUGGUAUUAACACCAGCCCAACGGCGACGCAUCCACCCCGUCCUCUGUGUUUGGGGUUGAGCUCCACCACCUGGUGGAGAAAGAGGGCUCUGCAACUCCCGUCCCCCUGCUGAUCCAGAAAACAGUGGCAGAGAUCGAACGACGGGGACUGAAGGUGGUAGGUCUUUACAGGCUCUGUGGCUCUGCUGCGGUGAAGAAGGAGCUCAGGGAUUGGUUCGAAAGGAACAGCUCAGCAGUUUGUCUGUCUGAGGACCUCUACCCUGACAUCAACGUAAUCACAGGGAUUCUAAAGGACUACCUGCGGGAGCUGCCAUCCCCCCUCAUCACUAGGACUCUGUACCAGGUGGUCCGGGAGGCCAUGACCCUACGACCCCCACCUGUCCAACCUGCAACACCUGAUCCCCAACUGUCCCAAAGGACCGUGGAGCUGCUGUCCUGUCUGCCACCUCCAGAAAGGGCCACUCUGUUGCUCCUGCUCGACCACCUCAGCCUCGUAGCAUCUUUGAGCGCCGCCAACAGGAUGACUCAUCAGAACCUCGCCGUGUGCUUCGGGCCUGUGCUCCUCACGCCAACCCAAGAUGCGUGGAGGGGGGGAGGAGGGAAGUCGGGAAGAGGAUCAACGAAGGGCUUCUAUCAUGGCGAGGAGAUGGCGAGCGCCGUGGACUUCAAACGGCACAUCGAAGCGCUGCACUACCUGCUGCAGCUGUGGCCAGUGCCAACUCAUCGAGCACCAGCCGACGCCAAUGCCUCGCCUCCUCCCUCCUCCACCCCUCACCAGAAUCCCUUGGUGCAGCAGCAGCGGCAUCCUGCGUUGCGCCUGGCUCUACCACAGAGCCCUGAAGAGGAGGUGGUGGUGUCACGGCGAGGGCGUGGCGGUGUGGCCCGGCUGGAGAGUCCACCGCCAAUCAACAGGUACGCGGGAGACUGGAGCGUUUGCGGACAAGAGUUUCUGACCGGGCAGGAUGCCGAUUACGAUGAGGUGGCAGGAAGCGAGAGUGAUGCAGGGAGUGAUGAUGAAGACGAGGAGGAGAAGAAGAGGGCAUGGCCAACAGGAGGGGGCGGAGCUCUGUACAUGGAUGACUUCCUGGACUUUGACGCUCCGUUUAACUGUCGGCUCAGCCUGAAGGACUUUGACACGCUGAUUCACGACCUGGACCGCGAGCUCGCCAAACAGAUCUGUCUGUAGAGAAGGAGGAGGAGCAGGAGCAGGAGGAGGAGCAGGAGCAGGAGGAGGAGCAGGAGGAGGAGCAGGAGGAGGAGGAGCAGGAGGAGGAGGAAGAUCUGACCUCAUUAAAUUUCAGAUCAGCUGAGUUUUAAAGUGUUUGUCUCUGAUGGUUUGAGUUUGUGCUUAAAUGAAACUACAAUGAUGUUUGUGUGGGAAAGCAGAUCAGCUGUUAGCUUGACCUCUGACCUUUUACUCCAUAGCUGUUUUCAGCAAUGAGAACAGAAUAACUUUUCAUAGCAACAGGGAUGAACAUUAAUGAUCGCUCAAAGUUCAGAGUUCAUCAAAGAAACUUUUUAUAACUUUUUCAGUGAAUUAUAAUUAACGUUGAAUUAUUUCACGUAAUGAAAAAACACCUGACGUGUUUAUUUUCAGACUUUUAAAAAAGAGAGAAGAGUCAUUUUACUCUGCAACACAUUUCAAAAGUAAACAAUAAAAAUAAAAGAAAACAUUUCUUGUAAUAAUAAAAAAUAAAUAAUUAGCAUGAAGAGAAAAACCUGAACUAAUCUCGGUGCUGGUAAAAUAUGAGUUUUGUAUUUCUCCGUUUUGGGCCUUAAAGAAGAAUAUUCUAGUUAAAAUAAAUGAAACAAAUAGUUAUCUGAAAAAAUGGGAAAUGUUCUCAUUGCCAUGACUUUAAAGUCUUUUUCAUUGUGAGAGUGUUUAUACUGAUUAACUAUAAAGUUAAAAAAGGAAACAAUUAAAUGUCUGACCUUUAUAUAAUCUAAACUCAACCCUCCAUUAUCCCAUCAUCAGGGCUCAAAGUACCAAUGUUCUCAUUCCUCAAAUGAUAGAAAAUAAUCUUUAAAUAAGGGGAAACUAUAAUCUGAAAAAGGUGAUCAUGGUGAUGAAGGUUCUCAAAUCAAGUUUCAUUCAAAGCGUUUCUUUGGUGAAGUCUGAAGGUGAGGCUACGUCGCUCUUUAAACUGAUUAAAUCAGCUGCUCAGGACGUCUUGAAGGAGGCGCUGUGCCGAGAACCAAACGGGAAUUUAUUCCUUAUUUGAACCAAACGGGAAUUUAUUCCCGUUUGGUUCAAAGAAAGGACUCAAAGCGUGCACGGUGACGGUCUCAGGGUGAGUCUAACGUUGAAACCAAAGUAUGUGCCUCAGAGCCUGUGAGCUAACAUUAGCUCACAAAGUCCAGUAAUCAGUGACAUCACCAAACGAGCAGCUCUUGACAGAGUCCGCACGAGGCUUCACAGGGGGGCGGCAGCAGAGCGCCAGGUCAGGUUAGACAGCACGCAUACUGGGGUUAUUAAUAACAACUGCUCUCUGAGGUUGUGGAGCUCCGAGUUCAGGCAUGCCGUUCAGAGCCCCAAACCGUCAACAAACUUUGGGCCUGACUGCAGCUUCAGUGUGAAGAAUGGGUUCUCUGAGGCGUGGAGGAGGUACAGGAACCUCCUUUCACAGCAGCGAGCACCGGAUAUCUGGGUAUCAGGGCUGGACUUCGGAGGAUCUGGUGUUGUUUGCACUGUUGAAGCCAUAAUUUCUGUUUUGAUGGUACAGAGUUUCUCACUGUGAGUUUGUGAAGUUUGAAGCUCUUUUCUCCUUGUUGUUGCUGACAGUAUUAUUAUUGUUAUUAUUAUUGUUGUUGUUGUUACUCUGUUUUGCACAUCUUCAAUAAGCACUUGUGUUUUUUACAAUGAAGACGACGUUUGUCUGCAGAUGAAGUAAGCAAAGUGAUGAAGCACAGUUCCUGUUGGAACAGAACACAGUCUGUAUGUCUUAUUACCCCAAACAGCUAUUAAACACCUUAUUAAUGAA